AUGCGUUUUCGCGCGUUAGCGCCCCACACAAACAUGGCGAUGACAAUAAGCCAAAGUGAUGUUCAGGUGCAACAGAAAGAAGAAGGAGAAGAGGAUGAUCAAUCGAUGUCUAGAUCUGACAGUGGCGAGGAUUCUCUCGAUGGCCUCAUGAGACACAGGUGUCCCCUGACCCCUUCGCUGUCCCCACGGAAACGGACCACCAGCCAAAGCAAAACGGAGCCUCCACUUCUGAGGACAAAUAAGAGGACAAUCUACACUGCAGGACGUCCACCCUGGUACAAUGUUACUGGGACAACAUUUAAAGAAGCUUUUGUAAUAGGUCUGUGUGGAGGAAGUGCUUCUGGGAAAACCACUGUGGCCAAUAAGAUCAUAGAGGCUCUUGAUGUUCCAUGGGUUGUUCUGCUCUCUAUGGACUCUUUCUACAAGGUUUUGAGUAAAGAGGAACAGGAGUUGGCGGCAAAAAACGAGUACAACUUUGAUCAUCCUGACGCCUUCGAUUUUGAGCUGCUGGUAACUGUGUUAAGAAAACUGAAAAAGGGCAAAAGCAUCAAAGUGCCAGUGUAUGACUUUACCAGUCACAGUCGUCGCAAGGAGUGGAAAACUGUCUAUGGGGCCAACGUUGUGAUAUUUGAAGGCAUCUUGGCUUUUGCCAACAAGGAGCUUUUAAAGCUCCUAGACAUGAAGGUGUUUGUAGACACAGACUCAGACAUCCGGCUAGUCAGGCGCCUGAAGAGGGACAUCACGAAUAGAGGGCGUGACAUUGCAGGCGUCAUUAAACAGUACAACAAAUUUGUCAAGCCAGCGUUUGAGCAGUACAUUGAGCCCACUGUACAGGUUGCAGAUAUUGUGGUCCCAAGAGGUGGAGAAAACUUCGUAGCCUUGGAUCUGAUUGUUCAGCACGUUCACAGUCAGCUGGAAAAGAGGAAACUCCGCUGGGAUAUAUCAGCUCUGGCGUCCGCCCAUCAGGGUCAGCCUUUACCCAAGACCCUGAGUGUCAUGGAGAGCACCCCGCAGGUCAGAGGAAUGCACACUAUUAUCAGGAAUAAAGAAACCAGUCGAGAUGAAUUUAUUUUCUAUUCAAAGAGAUUAAUGAGGCUUCUCAUAGAGCACGCCCUGUCCUUCCUGCCGCUGAAGCCGGUGUCUGUUGAAACUCCUCAAGGAACUGUAUAUGAAGGGAAGAGGCUGAGUGGAAAAAGGAUUACUGGUGUGUCCAUUCUACGGGCAGGAGAGACCAUGGAGCAGGCCUUGAUGGCUGUUUGUAAGGACAUUCGUCUGGGAAAGAUCCUCAUUCAGACCAAUCAUGACACAGGAGAGCCUGAGCUCCAUUACCUUCGUCUGCCCAAGGACAUCAGUGAGGACUACGUUAUCUUGAUGGACAGCACUGUGUCUACAGGAGCGGCAGCUCUCAUGGCUGUCAGAGUCUUGCUUGAUCAUGACGUCCAGGAGGACAAGAUCUUCCUGCUCUCUUUGCUUAUGGCGGAGAUGGGCGUUCACUCGGUGGCCUACGCCUUCCCCAAAGUGCGUAUCAUCACUACAGCCGUAGACAAGAAGGUCAACGAUGAGUUUCACAUCAUUCCAGGGAUUGGUAAUUUUGGGGACCGUUACUUUGGGACUGAUGCUCCUUCAGACUGGUAUGAAAGUGAUGAGGGGAUGGACUACUGAAUUUCAUUAAGACCUGUAUGUGAGCAACUAUACCUGCAUGCAUUAAUUUCGUAUGACUGUGGACCCACUGCCCUGCCCAAUAAGCAUAAGCCUUAGUCGCCUAUUGAUGUCGAUCUUGCAAUACUACAUUCUAUAAAUGAGCCCGUGCUCAAUAAAGGUCAAAGCAUCAACUGACCCCCAAACAUGGGAGAACACUGCUCAGUAGCUUCCCGUGAAAUGCCAACAUGGCCAUCACAAUUAGAAAAUUUUUAAUUAAUACUUGAACUGAUAAGACUGGAAUAAUAAGGGCACGUCAUAGUUUCUUUGUGGGUGUUUACACAACGGCAUACUACCAAACUACCUUGUACUGUUUUAUCAGUUUUAGCAGUAUGAGUAUACAGUUUAUAAUGUAUAAAACACAUUAUAUAUAUAUAUAUAUAAUCAAUCGCAAACACGGCACAUACUCGGUGUUUGUUAGCUCAUUUUGUGUCGUCUUGACUUAAUUUGCUUUGUAUAGCGUAUACGGCGUACAUGUGCAUUUGAGGUGCUUGACCAAAUUGACAACUUAUGCUAAGGGAAAGAAACAUUUCCGUGCACCUGCUUCAGUAUAGCCCGCUUUUAAUAUUGCAGCCGUGCAUAAAUUUUGCUACCUUGAAAAGUAGCCCAAGCACAAAAUAGGAUUUGGGUCAAACAAAUGUGCAAUGCUGCGAUUCUACUCAUAAACAAUACAUCUAUUGUUUAGUCUACUCUGUUGUUUUGGGGUGUUUUUCCUCAAUUGAUUGGUGUCUUGGGGGUGAUACAGAUGUGAAGUGCCAAUCAAUAUAUCGGUCUACUUGAUGGUGUUUGUAUGUGUGUAAAAAAGGGGAGAAUUUGUGAAAUAUUAAAAAAAGGAACUUAUGUUAAUAUAAAAUUCAGUUUUAAGUCCAAAGGAAUAAUUUUCCUCGUCAUUGGUUAUGGUAUUUAGUACUACAGUGCCACUGAGGGGAACAAAAUCAGGUUUAUCGUUUUGUUACAUACUUGAAUUUUAACAUGUAGAUAAGGUUUAUUUAUUUUUUAUUGGUUUAUAUGCCAUUCCUGAUUGAGGAGAGGCAAUGACAGAUUGAUCAGCAGUCAUAAAAGAUGAGGAACAAUUACUGAAGAACAUUUUGGAGGUGUUAUAGCAGAAAUUAAACCAAAAGAAGAGAGAAAAACAGCGCUUCUUGGAAACUUCCACUGUUAUGUGUCAUCUAAUGCAUUCAUUUUUAAUAAGCCUGAUCAGUAAUAGUGCCAAAAUGCACUUACACCAACCUGAGAUGCACUUAAAUCUAUGUAAACAAUUUGAUGACAUUUUCACCUAAGGGGGAGUGUUGCACAUUAUUUCAAUGGCAUUUAUUUAAAAAAAAAUAACUUUGUCUAUUUGGUCCCCCUUGAAAAAAUAAAAUAAUGAAAUUUGAUAUUUAUGUCUUAUUCUUCUAUGUAUGUUUGUUUUCUAAAUAGUUCUUUUGUACAGUGAUUUUUAAUUUCCUGGUUAUGUGUAAUUCUGAAUCAAAACUACAUUGGCAGCAAUAUGCUUUAUUAUAAGUGGAAAAAUAUUUCUCUUUCUUAUUUAAGUUGUAUCUCUCCAGAGAUGUAUACUGUAAUAAUUUUGUAGUAUAUGUAUGAUUUCCCUGGGUUAUGUUUACAAGCUUCAAACUGAACUCUAGUGUUGUAAACCAUUCCACUUUUUGUUUUUCUUGUUUUUUUUUUCUGUAUGUAUAAAUAGCGCAAUAAAAUAUUUUGUGCCUAA